AUGGGCCUUAAAGGUCUUCUUAUUCUGCUUCUUGUACUGCUGUCCCAAGGAAUUCAACUUAUUCAAGGAAGUUGUAGCAGUGGGGAGUUUCAGUGCACUAGUGGACAAUGCAUCAACAUAGCUUGGAGAUGUGAUGGGACUAAAGACUGCACAGAUGACUCAGAUGAGCUGAACUGUCCAACUCCAUCAUGCACCUCGCAGGAAUUUAAGUGCGUGACGAGCAGUGAAUGCAUCUCUUUGGGAUUUGUCUGUGACGGAGAGGAGGACUGCCUCGAUGGUUCGGAUGAAAGAAGAACCUGCGAUGGACGGACCUGCAGCCCAGACCAGUUCACCUGCCAGGAGGGCCAGUGUGUCCCCGACAAAUACAAAUGUGACCAUGUAAAGGACUGCGUGGACAACUCUGAUGAGAACAACUGCAACUAUCCACAUUGCACUGAGAAGACGUGUGCCAAUGGGGCCUGUUACGAACACCCUCAGCACUGCAACGGACUGCAGGACUGCCGAGAUGGCUCUGAUGAAUUCAACUGCACUACACAGCACUGUCCCAUCCACCAGUAUCAGUGUGUAAAUGGCCACUGCAUCCCACAUUCCUUUGUGUGUGACCACUGGAAUGACUGUGGAGACAACAGUGAUGAGGAAGGCUGUGUGUACCAGAGCUGUAGUGGCAGUGAGUUCACAUGUUCCAGUGGCCGUUGUAUUCCUCAGCGCUGGGUGUGUGACCAUUUCAAUGACUGUGGGGACUACAGUGAUGAGAGAGGAUGUGAUAGUAACUCUCGAGACUGCUACCCUGGUGAGUGGGGAUGCCCAGGGUCGACAGUAUGUAUACCAGUGGGCAAAGUGUGUGACAGCAAACCUGACUGUCCUGGAGGAACAGAUGAGACCAACUCCACAGCACAGAAAACCUGCAGCCUGGAGCAGUGCUCCGCCUUGAGUUGCGAGUUUCUCUGUCACCUGUCUCCUCAGGGAGGUGCUUGCUACUGCCCUGAUGGUUUCACUGUCGCCAAUGACAGCCGUUCCUGUGUAGACUAUAAUGACUGUCAAAUAUGGGGGAUCUGUGACCAGCUGUGUGAAGAUCGUCCUGGGACACACCACUGUAGCUGUGCUGAUGGAUACUUCUUGGAGCAGGGUCAUGUCUGCAAAGCCAAUGUGUCAGCUGGAAUGCCACAGCUCAUUUUCACCAAUGGUGGUGAUGUGAUGAUGGCUGACAUACACGGACGCUUUGUCAGAACUCUGGUGCCAUCGCAGGGCAAAGGAUAUGCUGUCGGGGUGGCAUAUCACUGGCACAGUGACACCGUCUUCUGGAGUGAUACAAAUACCAAAAAGGUGUACUCUGCCAACUACAAUGGGGGUAACAUUAAGGAGGUUCUGACGACUGCGGUUCAAAGUGUCCAGAACCUCGCUGUUGAUUGGAUCAACUUCAAACUUUAUGUCUUGGAGGCCACGAUGGAGCGAAUCGACAUGUGCAACUUUGAUGGAGAUAAUCGGGUCACGCUGAUGGCUGAAAACCUGCAAACUCCCCAUGGCCUCGUCCUGGACCCUACAGUGGGCUACAUGUUCUUCACAGACAAGGGGGUUGCUAAUCAGCAUAUGAAGCUUGAACGUGCCUUCAUGGAUGGCAGUAAUCGUGUAGAGCUGGUGAAGAUCAGACUUGGCACUCCAACAGGGAUUACCCUAGACAUUGUCACCCAGAGGGUUUACUGGUCCGACAGCCACUUUGACACAGUGGAGACCGUCACCUACAGCGGUUUGGACAGGAAAAUAGUCCUUAAUGGUGGAACCCAGGCUCCAUAUCCUUUUGGAAUUGCUGUGUUUGAAAACCAUGUAUUCUUCACUGACUGGACCAAGAUGGGUGUGGUGAGAGCCAACCGGUUCAACGGCAGCAAUCCAGCACUCCUCUAUCGUACCGCAAAGCGACCGGGCCAUGUUGUAGUGUCACAUGCUGCCCAGCAACCUGUUGUGAUGAACCCUUGUGGCAGACACAAUGGUCGUUGUCAGCAGAUUUGUGUAUUGAGUCACCGCUCCGACAAUGAUGGUCUGGGCUUCCGCUGCAAGUGUCGUCAUGGUUAUGACCUGCAGCCUGACCGUCAGACUUGCUUUAAGGUGAAGGACUACUUGUUGUUGGCCACCUCUCUCGGGGUGCGAGGAAUCCCACUGAAUGUAUCCCUCCAGGAGGACAUCACCCUGCCCCUCUCAGGGCUCGGGACGUCUUUCUCUGGCUCUGCUGUGGAGUUUGACGGCAAUGAGGAAGCCCUGUUCUACAACGACAGGUACAGAGGCCUCGUCUAUAAGUCGAACCUCAAUGGCACUGUCCAACAGAUUUUGACAGGCUACAGAGUGGGAACGAUUGACGCCAUGGCUUACGACUGGACCUCAAAAGUCUUGUUUUGGACAACAAGCACCUACAAGACGGUGGUGGCCUUCAGAGUCCCAGACAAGUCCAGGCGAGACAUUGUGACAGGAUUAAGGAACCCAAAAGGAAUUGCAGUGCACCCCAGUGCUGGCUUCUUGUUUUGGUCUGACUGGUACCGGCCAGCUGUCAUCAUGAGAAGCUUCACUGAUGGCAGCAAUGCUGUUCCUCUGGUCAACACAACACUGGGAUGGCCAUAUGGGCUUUCUGUUGACUUUGUGAUGGACAGGCUGUAUUGGGUGGAUUCCCAAUUGGACCAGAUUGGUCACAUUAGCAUACAAGGACAGAACAGACAGACGUUUACUAACAUUGGCCAGAUAACUCAACCCUAUUCUCUAACAAUUUAUUCAGACUACCUGUAUGUGUCUGAUACAAGGACCAGAGCAGUAUUCGAGAUGAGGAAGAGGGAUGGAGGAGGUAACAUUAUGAUCAGACAAGGAAUCACGGGCAUCAUGAACAUCAAGGCCUACACAGCCGACCUCCACAGCACAUUCACUAGCCGCUGCAAUCUGGUGUCCAAUGGACGCUGCAGCCACUUCUGUUUCCCGACUCCCGCCUUCAGUCGAGUGUGCGGCUGUCCCUACGGCAUGAAACUUCAGGCCAAUCAGAGGGACUGUAUCAAGGACGAUUCUGUUCCCCCACCUGACAACAACUGUGGAGAAUUCGCUUUUGAGUGUGAUGAAGGACGCUGUCGGCCCAACUCUUACCGCUGUGAUGGAAUUGCUGAUUGCAUAGAUAAGACGGAUGAGGCCAACUGCACUGAUACAGGAGCAACUUGCUCUCCACGAGCGUUCACCUGCAACAACAAACACUGCAUCAUGUCCAGUUGGCGUUGUGAUGGCGUGGACGACUGCGGCGACGGUUCAGAUGAAUUGAACUGUCCCACUCGUCUCCCUACCACCUGUGCCGCUAGCUACUUUACCUGUGAUAACAAUAGGUGUAUCUCUAAAAUAUGGGUGUGUGACGGUGACAACGACUGUGGCGAUGGCUCCGAUGAACACAACUGCAAUUCAACCAUCACUACUUGCCCUCCUGCCUACUUCCUGUGUCCCGACCACCGCUGCAUCCACAACUCCUACGUGUGUGAUGGAGACCAGGACUGUCUGGAUGGCUCUGAUGAGAAAAACUGUGAGUUUUCCUGUGCCUCCUAUGAGUUUGCCUGUGCCAGUGCGGACCAGUGUGUCCAUUCAAGAUAUAGGUGUGACGGAGUGUUUGACUGCAGGGACCAUUCUGAUGAAAGAGACUGUCCCACUCGAAGUCCUGGCCUCUGCCACAAUAACGAGUUCCAGUGCCAGGCAGAUGGUUUCUGCAUACCAGAUGAGUGGGAGUGUGAUGGCCACCCAGACUGUGAGGAUGGAUCAGACGAACACAACUCCUGCCCACCUGUCACCUGCCGACCAAACUCUUUCCAAUGUACCAACCAGCUCUGCAUCCCGGCAGGCUGGUUGUGUGACGGCGACAACGACUGCCGGGACAUGAGUGAUGAACAGAACUGCCCAACCCCUCCAUUUAGUUGCCCCUCGGGACAGUGGCAGUGCCCCACCGACCAGCUUUGCAUUGAGCUGGACAAGGUGUGCAAUGGCCAGAGGGACUGUCCCAAUGGAGCAGAUGAGUCACCGAUCUGCAGCCAAGACGACUGUGCACUGAACAACGGUGGCUGCAGCAACGGCUGUGUCCAAGGACCAUUUGGGGCUCAGUGCACCUGUCCUGCAGGAUUUCAGCUCCUCAACGAUUCCAAGACCUGUGAGGACAUCAACGAGUGUCUGAUCCCAGGUUUCUGCAGCCAGCAGUGCUUCAACGAGAGAGGGAGGUUCAGGUGCUACUGCUCAUAUGGUUACCUCCUGGAGCCUGAUGAGCGCACCUGCAAAGCUGCAGACCCACUAGCAGCUGUUCUUCUGGUUGCCAAGCGAAGCCAGAUCAUCGCCAACCGGAUCAACAUGAGACCCCCCCAGAUGCGACCAGUGAUCAGUGGUUCAAGCAUCGUCACCGUGGACUUUGAUCGCAUAACUUCCAGAAUCUACUGGGCCGAUGCCUCGCAGAAGAAGAUAUGGAGUGCCUACCAGAACGGCACCGACAGACGGGAAGUGUUCUCCACUGGUUUGAUGGUACCAGAAAGUAUAGCUGUGGACUGGGUGGGUCGGAACCUUUAUUGGACCGACUCUGUCAUGGAAAACAUUGAGGUCUCCACUCUGGACGGUCGCUUUCGGAAAGUCCUCCUCACCAAGAAUGUCACCAGCCCCCGCGGACUAGUUUUAGAUCCCCGUAACUACACCAACCUAAUGUUCUGGUCAGACUGGGGUCAGAACCCCAGGAUUGAGCGGGCAAACAUGGAUGGAAUCAUGAGACAAGUCAUUGUCAGCACCAAGCUCUACUGGCCAAACGGCCUGGCCCUGGACUACACCACCCGCAGGGUCUAUUUUGCUGAUGCCUACCUCAAAUAUAUUGACUACUGUGACUAUGAUGGCAAUAACCGCCAUCAGGUCAUGGCAAGUGACGUGGUUCUCCAGCACCCACACGGAAUGACCAUCUUUGAGGACAACAUCUACUGGUCGGAGCGCUACACCAGAAAAGUGAUGAGGACGAACAAGUUCCAUGGUGGUAACAUCACCACUUUGAUGAACAAUGUCUAUCAGCCUAUGGGCAUUGUUAUGGACCAUCCCAUCAAACAGCCCAUAGCCAUCAACCCAUGCAGAGAACACCUGUGUUCUCAACUGUGCCUGCUGUCAGGCAUGAGACCCAGAUACUACACCUGCCACUGCCAGUCUGGCUGGAAGCUUAGUGCUGACAAACGCACAUGUGUCAAAGAUGAGACUCCCUUCUUGAUGGUGGUGAGAGAUUCUGUGAUUUUUGGCAUUCCUCUGGACCCCGCUAACCCUUCCAACAAUGCAAUGGCCCCCGUGUCAGGCAUCAGCCAGGGGCAGGACAUCGACUUUGACGAGCAAGAGCAGUUCAUCUAUUGGGUGCAGAGCACUGGUUCUAUUUGGCAAGUGAAAACCAGCGGUACCAACAGGUCUGAGUUUGCUCCAGCUGCUUUCAUUGGCUCGCCGUCUGGGUUGGCUUUUGAUUGGAUAAGCCGAAUAAUGUAUUACACCAAUCCUACUGUUAAAACCAUAGAGGUUAUCCGUGUGGAUGGAGACCAGCACUACAGGAAGACCCUCAUCACCUCCACUGGUAAACCCGAGGGAACAGGAGAGCCCUUUGGAAUAGCCCUGGAUCCAGCUCGGGGGAAAUUGUUUUGGACAGACAAGGGGUCAGACAAUGGAGUUCCUCCAAAGGUUGGCAGUGCUGACAUGGACGGAGGAAACGCCAUAAACCUCUACACAGGCAACCUGGCAAACAUAGGAUUCAUCGCCGCUGACAUCUCUACCAUGAAACUGUACUGGGGUGUGGCGGGCUCAGGGGUGUUUUUCCAGAUUGAGUGUGGCACCAUGGACGGAGUAACCCGGGUGAUUUUGAGCCACCUCUACUACACCGACCUGGACUACGAGGUUAUUGAGAGGGUGGACAAGGACAACGGUGCUAAUAUGUUGGUGAUGAGGAGCAGGAUGUCUGGUCUGCGUGCCCUCAAAGUGCACGCCAGAGACAUUUCAGCCGGGACCACCAACGCCUGCAGCUCCAACAAUGGGGGUUGUCCCCACUUAUGUCUCCCCAAACCAGGCAAUCAAAAAACCUGUGCCUGCACCACAGGCUUCAACCCGUCUCAAGAUGCCUCCCGCUGUGAACAGUAUGAAUCUUUCGCAAUUGUCUCCGCUACCAAGUACAUCCGUGGCUUCCACAUAAACAGCUCUGACCACUCUGAGGCUAUGGUGCCUGUCGGUGGAACUUCCUACUCCAUUAAGGGCACGUUGGACCUCCAUAUUGAAUCUGGCUUUGUGUACUGGGCUGACAACAGCACCUCCACCUCAUACAAGGGCAUCUUCAGGGCCAAAACAGAUGGCGGGCGUUACAGCACCGUCCUCAACUCGGGCGUUGGAAAAGGAGGCAUCCACGGUCUUGCUGUAGACUGGGUUGCGGGUAACUUAUACUUCACCAAUGCCUUUGAGAGUGAGACCUUCCUGGAGGUGCUUGCCAUCAACACCACGUACCGAAUGAUUCUCCUUAAGUCCUCCCAGGACAAGCCCCGUGAUGUGGCUGUCAGCCCCAAGCUUCGCUACCUCUUCUGGACUGACAGUGGCCAAACACCCAAAAUUGAGCGUGCCCUGCUGGAUGGUACCAACCGCACUGUGUUGGCAUCAGAAAGCCUAGCGUCACCUCGUGGCCUUACCAUUGAUUACACCAAUGAUUUCCUCUACUGGACAGAUGAUGUUCUUGAUAUGAUCUCCCGUAUGGCCCCAGAUGGCACACAGAGGCAAAUUAUCCGGUAUGGGAGCCGGUAUCCAUCCCCAACAGGGAUGGCUAUAUUCGGAAACUACAUGCUCUGGGUGGAUAAAAAGCUUGGGAAGCUCUUACAGGCCAGUAAGAACCCAGCCAAUACUGACCAGCCAGAGGUAAUUCGAGACAGUAUUGAGGGGCUGAUGGAUGUCACUGUCUUUGACACUCAUGCCCAGCCUACAUCUGCCAACCAGGUGGGCUUUAACCCAUGUCAAGAAGAUAAUGGACGUUGCCAACAGCUAUGUUUUGCCAUACCGGGCCUAGAGCACCCAAAAUGUGGUUGUGCACAUGGGUCGCUCAUGAGUAACGGAGUAACAUGUGGUUACGGACAAGAUGAGUUUUUAGUUUUCACCACAGAUUACAAGCUGAAUAGCCUGAGGUUAGAUCCUUUGGAUCACAGCACCCCUUACCCAGCAGUGAACGUGGGCUACAACUUGAUGGCUUUGGAUUAUGACUUCAAGGACAAGAGAAUUUUCUUUACCCAGUUUAUGGGAAUUGGUCGAAGCAGAAUUGGCUACGUCACCACUACAUCCAUCACUAACCCGCCUGUCUUUAUAGCUACAAAUUUGAAUGACCCUGAGGGAUUGGCUUAUGAUUGGGUCAACAAGCGUCUCUACUUUACCGACUACUAUAGCCGCAAUGUCCAGUCCAUGGGGGUGGAUGGGAUGAACCGCUCAAUCAUCGCACAAGCAAAUCGUCCCAGAGGCAUCAUUGUUGACCCUUGCUAUGGUUACCUAUACUGGACUGACUGGGGCUCUCCAGCUAAGAUUGAGAGGGCCACACUAAGUGGAAACUUCCAGACCCCAAUUAUUAAAAGCAGCCUGACGACGCCCAACGGCCUAACUCUGGAUUAUGAAGAAAGGAUGCUUUACUGGGCUGAUGCCACAUUAGAUAAGAUUGAAAGGGCCACUUUAACUGGUGCCAACCGACAAGUGAUCGUGCAAGGGGUCCAGUACCCGUAUGCCAUGACCGUCUUCCAACAGGACAUCUUCUGGACUGACUGGACUGAGAGAGCCGUCUUUAGGGCUGGGAAGGAUGAUGGCUCUGGCUUUGCAGUGCUGGCCCAGGACCUGCAGUACCGACCAAACGACAUCCAUGUGUAUGCCGCAUCUAAGCAAGAAAGCUGCUCCAGCUCUUGUCAGCAGUUCAACGGAGGCUGCAGUAAUGUCUGUGUUCCCGGUCCAUUGGGCCCAGAGUGCCAGUGUCCUCAUCAGGGGAAGUGGUACCUGGCCAACAAUGGCAAAGACUGUAUCAUAGACACAGGGAAACGCUGUCAACCGGAGCAGUUCACCUGUCUCAAUAAUAACUGCAUCUCAGCACGCUGGAAGUGUGACGGCUACAACGACUGCCAGGAUAACUCAGAUGAGCUGGAGAGAGUAUGUGCCUUCCACACCUGCUCAGCCAUGGACUUUACCUGUGACAAUGGCCGCUGUGUGCUGCUCAGCUACUCCUGUGACUACACAGACGACUGUGGAGACAACAGUGACGAGCGAGGCUGCCCCUUCCCCACAUGUAACCCUGCUACUGAGUUCACCUGUGCCAACGGACGCUGCAUCAGUGCAGCCUUUGUCUGUGACGGCCACAACGACUGCCGAGACAACGCCACCUCUGACGAAAUCAACUGCCCUAACAGGGUGUGUCCUGCAGGCCAGGUCAAGUGUGACCGCAACAACAUCUGCAUCUACUCUGACAACCUGUGUGAUGGCUACAAUAACUGUGGAGACAACAGCGAUGAGAAUCCUCUCUUCUGCAUGGGUCGUACGUGUUCUCCGGAUCAGUUCCGCUGUGACGAAGGGAAGUGUAUCCCCAACUCCUGGGUGUGUGACUCCAUCCAAGACUGCAGUGAUGGGACAGAUGAACCUCUUUCCUGUAAGGAUCAAAUCAAAACAUGCAGUCCCAGCCAGUUCACUUGUACAAAUGGAAACUGUAUCCCCCAGUCAAUGGUCUGUGAUGGAAACAAUGACUGCUGGGACAACAGUGAUGAGGCUCCUGAACUACAGUGUGGCCAACGUACCUGCAGUUCCAACCAGUUCACCUGUCCAACCUGGUUUCCCGGUUUCCCACGCUGUGUGGCGUUAAGCUUUGUGUGUGAUGGAGAGAAAGACUGCGCUAAUGCUGCUGAUGAACUCCAGAACUGCCCCAACCGCACCUGCCAUAUGAAUGAGUUUGCCUGUUCCAACGGGCUUUGCAUUCUCCUGCCUUACCACUGUGACCGUGUAAAUGACUGCGGGGACGGCAGUGAUGAGUUGGGCUGUACUUAUGACACAUGCAGCAGCAACCAGUUCACCUGCAGUAACGGAGCCUGCAUCCCCGCCUCCUUCACCUGCGAUGGACAGAGCGAUUGUAUGGAUGGCUCAGAUGAAGCAGAGAGCAUGUGCAUCACGUCACAACCCACCUGUGCUCCUCAGCAGUACAUGUGCAAGUCAGGCGAGUGUAUCGACAACAAAAAGGUGUGCAAUGGACAAAAGGACUGCCAGGACAACAGUGACGAAAAAGCCUGCGGAGUCAAUGAGUGCCGCAACCCAUCAGUCCACAAGUGUGCCCAACUCUGCACCGACACCCUCACUGGUUACUACUGUUCCUGCCAGCCUGGCUACCGACUCAUGCCGGAUGGCAAAGCCUGUGAGGACCUCGACGAGUGUAUUAGCACACCCGCCGUCUGCAGCCAGAUCUGCGAGAACAAUGUUGGCUCGUACCACUGCAAAUGUGCCCCUGGAUAUAUUCGUGAACCGGAUGGACGCACCUGUCGUCAGAACAGUGGCAUUGCCCCAUACCUGUUGUACAGUAACCGCUACUACAUCCGCAAUUUGACCACUGACGGGUCACAUCUGAGUUUAGUCCUGCAGGGGCUGUCCAAUGUGGUGGCAUUAGACUUUGAUGACUAUGAUAAGAGGCUUUAUUGGCUGGAUGCAGGGGCAGGAAAGAUUGAGCGGAUGCGUUUUGACGGGACCGACAGGGAGACGCUGGCGAAUGACAAUUUAUUAGGAGCUGAAGGCCUGGCACUGGACUGGGUGGGCAGGAAGUUGUACUGGGUGGACGGUUAUUACGGUUCAGUCCAUGUGAUGGAGCUGGAUGGACGCUACCAGAAGAGACUGCUGUCAGGAGAAUUCAUUGAUGGAAACAGCACUUAUCUUAUCAGCCGGCCUCGUGCUGUGGCGGUUAACCCUAAAUAUGGAUGGCUUUACUGGACCGACUGGGGUGACACGGCGUAUAUCGGCAGAGUUGGCAUGGACGGAAGCAAUGUCAGUGCCAUUAUAACAACCAAGCUGGAGUGGCCCAGUGCUCUCACCAUAGACUACACCACCAACAAGAUCUUCUUUGCUGAUUCUCACCUUAACUUUCUGGACUUUGCCGACUUGAACGGCCAGAACCGACACCGGGCCAUUGCAGGUACACUUCCCCAUGUCUUUGCAGUUUCCCUGUUCGAGGACUGGGUUUACUGGACGGACUGGAACACACACACAGUAGAGAAGGCUCGCAAGUACACUGGCGAACAGCGCACAAUCAUGGGCAACAACACACAUCGACCAUAUGACGUUCGUGUAUACCACCCCUACAGGCAGCCUCGCAGUGAAAACCCCUGCUCCUCCCAUCACCUGACCUGCAGUCACUUGUGUCUGAUUGGCCCUGGUGGGCAACAAGCUACCUGCCAGUGCCCAGAUCACUUCAUCGGCCUCAUGGUGGGCUUUAAGAUCCAGUGUGUCGCCGACUGCUCCAGCACCCAGUUCCGCUGUGGAGACAAUGAGAAGUGUGUUCCCAUAUGGUGGAAGUGUGACGGCCAGUCAGAUUGCGGUGAUGGCUCAGAUGAACCUCAGACCUGCCUGCCCCGUCAUUGCCCCAUUGGCCAGUUCCAGUGUCAAGAUGGCAACUGUACCUACUCUGGCUUCAUCUGCGAUGGCCACUCAGACUGCCCUGACGGUUCAGACGAGGAUGCAGCUCUCUGCAGUGACCACCGAUGCCAAGAAAACCAGUUCCAGUGUAAAAACAAGAAUUGCAUCCCUGUGUCCUGGCACUGUGACGGAGUGAACGACUGCUCUGAUGACAGCGACGAAGACGCAGAGGCUUGUUCCCAGAAGACGUGCCGACCGGGACAGUUCCAGUGUGCCAACGGGCGCUGUCUGCCGUCGAGCUACGUGUGUGACGCCCAGGACGACUGUGGGGAUGCAUCUGAUGAGCCGUAUGAAACCUGCAUGGGUCCAGAUUACAAGUGUGAGGAGGAUACAGAGUUCUCCUGCAAGACAAAUUACCGCUGUAUUCCUCAGUGGGCCCGCUGUGACGGCACCAAUGACUGCAUCGACAACAGUGACGAGCAAGGCUGUGAGGAGGUGACCUGUGAUCCUCUGGGAGAUUUUCGAUGUGACAACCACCGCUGUGUGGCCAUCCGCUGGCAGUGUGACGGCAACGACGACUGUGGUGACAGCUCAGAUGAAAGAAAUUGCCAGCCAAGGCCUUGCUCUGAAAGUGAGUUUCGGUGUGACAACACACAGUGCAUCCCUGGAAACUGGGUGUGUGACCAUGACAACGAUUGCGGGGAUAACUCAGACGAACGAGACUGUGAGUUGCAGACGUGUCGUCCAGGUUUUUUCCAGUGUGACUCGGGUCACUGUAUCCCUGCUGCUCUGCAGUGUGAUGGCCAGCCUGAUUGUCUGGACCUGUCAGAUGAGACCAGCUGUCCUACUCGUUACCCAGGAGGCCGUUGGUGCCCUCAAAACCAGUUCCAGUGUGCAAACCAUCUUUGUGUGAACCAGGGCUGGGUGUGUGAUGGAGUUAAUGACUGUGGCGACCGCUCUGACGAACAGCUCAAUUUAUGCUUGACUGUCACCUGUGAGAUGCCGUUCAGGUUCCGCUGUGCAAACGGCUACUGUGUCUACUCCGGCGUGCUGUGCAACCAGAAGGACGACUGUGGAGACGGCAGUGACGAGAAGGAAGUACUCUGCCGCGAGCCCACGCUGCCGCCCUGCACACUGGAAGAGUUUAAAUGCACCAACGGACACUGUGUGGCCCUGCCAUACGUGUGCGACCACAAUGACAACUGUGGGGACCGCACUGAUGAAUUAGGUUGCAAUUUUGGGCAUGAACGCAACUGUGAAGAGAAGCUGUGCCAGCACGAGUGCACCAACUUGAACGGCACCGGCUUCAUCUGCUCCUGCAGGGCCGGAUACGGAGUGGACCCAGACAGCACCUUCAACUGCCUGGACAUCAAUGAGUGUGAGGUGCACGGCACCUGUCCUCAGGUCUGUAAGAACACAAAGGGCGGCUAUGACUGUGAGUGUGCCACCGGCUACCGGAAAGUGGGCAACGGCAACAUGUGCGAGGCUGAGGGAGCGACUCCCUUGAUGCUUCUACCAGAGAAUAUUCGCAUCCGGAGGUUCAACCUACAGACGAAGACCUACCAUGACUUCCUAAAAGAAGAGGAGCGCAUUAUGGCUCUGGACUAUGACUGGGACCACAACAGCACUGGAUUCAGUAUGGUGUAUUUCACUGUGGCCGGUAAGGACUCUGUAGCAGGUGCCAUUAAGAGAGCAUAUAUACCUUCAGUGGAUGAUGGCAGUAACAACAUCGGUGCUGCUGUUGACCUCGGCAUCAAAUACAUCACCAGACCAGACGGCAUCGCUGUGGACUGGGUGGGCAGGAACCUUUACUGGGCAGAUUCCAGAUUGAAAAGGUUAGAGGUGGCCAUGUUGGACGGACGCUACAGGAAGCAACUAAUCAAGACUGAGCUAGGCCACCCGUCUGCCGUGGCCGUCAACCCACGACUGGGGAUGUUGUACUGGGCAGACCGUGGGGACGCAGCCAAGAUCGAGUGUUCUUGGCUGGACGGUCAAGAGAGGAAAGUCCUGGUGGCCGAUGGCCUGGGUUGGCCCACUGGUCUGUCAAUCGACUUUACCAACGAUGACAGAAUCUACUGGUCUGAUUCCAAGGAAAGCCGCAUAGAGUCUGUUCUGCCUUCAGGAGAUGGCCGUCGAACUGCCGUCUACAUAGAUGUGAGAAACCCCUUCAGUGUGAGUGUGUUCGAGGACCACGUUUACUGGAGUACUCAGGAGAAAGGGGAGGUGUUCCGGCAGGACAAGUUUGGUCGCGGAGCCAAGACCAAGCUGUUGACCGCCGGGCCGUGGCUGACUCAGGUCUCUGUGUACCAGCAGCAGAGAUACAACUCCAUAGCUAUGAACAAUCCAUGUAAGGACACUUGCAGCCACCUGUGUUUGCUCCGGCCUGGAGGCUACACCUGCGCCUGCCCCCAGGGCACCAUCUUUAUCCACGGCAGUAACACUGAAUGUGAUGCUGUUGGAAUAGCGAUCGGGGUGACAGCCGUGAUUGUGGCUCUGCUGGUGGCUCUGGUCUAUGCUUCCAGGAACAAGUCCAACCUGCUUGAGAGACUAAGGAGCAGCUUGCCCAGCAUGCCCUCCUCUAUGCCCUCGAUGCCAUCCAUGCCCAACCUCCCAAGCUUCAGAAAUAGUUCGUCUCCAAAUGCAUCACCAACAGAGGGAUGUCAGGUUCCCUGUAUGUCUGUGUCCAUGGCGGAAACAGAUGGGAAGAGUUUUGAGAACCCAGCAUAUGAAGUUGGUGAGCAACUUGCUGCCCCGACGAUGGUGGCAGUCACCGUCGCUCCUGAUGUAUCAAACAAGGAGAACAUAAAUAAUCCGUUGUAUAUGGAAGACGUUAAAGUUGCGGACCAGCCCACAAGAAGUGCCGCCACUGUCAACAAGGAGCCUUUUGAUAACCCGGCAUACGGCUCGGACAUAGAGGACGUUUACAUGACUUCUGCAGAACCAGUCGCUUCGAGCACACAGCAAUUUGAACCCAUUGUGGACGACAGUUUUGAGUCUUUCCAAAACCCAACAUAUAUGGAGCACACACCAGAUUCUGACAUUUGAUGUGACCUCUACAUC